AUGGCAUGUGUUAACAUGUACAACCCAGAGCAUCACCAGCACCAGCCCGCGCCGUCCUUCAUGGCGCCGCGGAUGUCCUUCUCCAGCGACUUCGCGGUGGAGCCGCCGCCCCCGGCCGCCGCGCGCGGGGCGGGCUCGGCGCCGGGGGACCCCGACUUCGAGUUCUCCGUCGGCAGCCACCCGAUGAUGGCCGCCGACCAGCUCUUCUCCAAGGGCCGCCUCCUGCCGCUCAGGGAGGCGCCGCAUCAGGCCGGCGCCUGCAGCGGGCGGCCCGUGACGCUGCGCGACGAGCUGCGCGCCGACGAGCGCCACGGCCGCGUGCCCCGCGCGCCCAACAUCCGGUGGAAGGAGCUGCUCGGGCUCAAGAAGGCGCCCAAGAAGCAGGCCGCCGCCGCCGCCGACGCUGCCGCCGGCACGUCCACCGACGUCCAUAUGCUG